GUCAUGAAAGAAAAGAAAAAAAGCAAAGCAGCCCGAAGGUCGCGCGAGAGAAGAAAAUGUCUGUCCAAGUCCAAAUUGUGUAAAAAUUGUUUCAAUAGUAGCUGUGUAAAAUGAACAAAGUUAUCCUUUAAAUAAGUGUUGCUCAAAAGACUAUUAGAUAACGCUUCCCCGGAACACAUUUCCGUACGAUUGUGUGACCAGAUUCGGGUGUGUGUUUUGCCAAAAGUGGGGAGAAAAGAAAAAACGCAAUCUCACGCACUUUACCUUGCCAAACAGUGGAGAGAACUCCCGGAACCUAGACGAGAUAGUAAUGGCCGAAAACUGGAUCGGGAAGGCGGUGUCGAUCCACUGCCGGGGUGACAUUGGCGUGUUUCAGGGCGUCAUCAAGCAGGUCAGCCCGGUCGAAAUUGUGAUAACCAAGGCCGUGCGGAACGGGAUUCCGCUGCGGAAGACGAACGUAGAGGUGACGCUGACCUGCAAGGACAUUGAGAAGUUGGACCUGAUUGCGGGUACGAAUCUGCCGAAUUUGUACCCGUCGGCCGGCGGCAGCAAGCAGCAACCGCAGCAGCAGCAGGGGGACGAUUCCGUCACGGCUGGGUUGGACAACUUGAAGAUUGCUGGCGGAGGCAAUCGGCAGCAGAAUGGAAGUGGGCAAGUUGUCCGGAACAAGACACCUACCGGCGAUGGCCGGAAGCCGCAGCAGCAACAGCAGGUGGCGGCCAAAUCACCUGGACCAAAUAAAUACUCGCAGCAGCAGCAGAAUAGCAGCAACAAUGGCCAACGGAACGGGUACGAAAACGGUUCCGCCAAAAGCACGAGCCGUCCCAUCGAGAUUAACGGUGGCAAGGGUGGUCAGUCCUUUGCUCCGUACACGAAGAACGAUAAUCAGCAGCAGCAGCAGCAGCAGAAAAAGAAGAAUCCUCGCAACGGAAGUGGCCCCGGGAAUGUCGGAAACGGUAACGGCUUCCAGCAGCAGCGGUACAACAACAACCACAAGAAUUCCGCGUUCGGAACGCCCGUGGACGAUCCGAUGAUGGACGAAGACUUUGACUUUGAGAAGAACCUGGCCCUGUUUGACAAGCAAGCGAUCUGGGACGAAAUCGACGCCAUCCAGUCUAAGCCGGACCUGCUCCGGCAGACGGUUUCGUCCGGCAAGAAAAAGUACCGCCACGACGAGAACGUGCUCGCGUCCGAACCGACCCAGUACCGGCAGAUCGAGCUGGAGGGUAGCGGCGGCGUUGGCAGCCUCAACCAAGAGUACCUGACGGACGAGGGUCUGGUGAUUCCGUCGAUUCCACGCAGCACGCGCAACCUGGUCCAGCAGCUGGCGGAGAAUCACGGCCUCGGGGCGGACCGCCAGAACGAUCUGCUCGCUCGGGGCGCGGCAGAAAUCGCGCUCCAGCUGCUCGGAGGUUCGCGACGUCUCACGCCGAACAACCAGCACCAGUGGCCAAAGAUCGCGGUGGUUUGUGACGAGCCGUACAACGCGCGGAUCAGUGAGAUUGGCAUUGCGACCGGGCGGAUGUUGGCGUGCCACGGGCUGAAGGUGGUGGUGUACGUGUCCUGUUCGAGCAAGUCGACCCGGGUCAGCCACGAGCUGGAGCUGUACGCGGCCACCGGGAAUCUCUUUACGUUUAAUGUUAAUGCGCUUCCCUCCUCCGACCUGGUCAUCGCGGCCAUCAAGGCGCGCCGCCUAGCGGACCCGCUGCGCAAGUGGAUCCUCGAGAACCGCGCCCCGGUGCUGGCGAUCGAUCCGCCGGCCGGUGGCUUCGAAGCGGUCCCCGCCAAGUGCACCCUGCUGCCCGUCCUGCCGCUGACCGAUCUCGGGCCGGAGUCCGCCACGGGGCGGCUCUACCUGGCCAACCUGGGCAUUCCGGACAAGUUUUUCGCCGACUCGGGCAUCAAGUACAAAUCUCCGUUCGACAAGGCCGUCAUUCCGAUCCACCGGCGAAAGAAUUAGGGGGGAGGGGUGGAGGAAAAGGGGGCGAGUGAAAGUGCAUUUUUUCUGUGUCUCAGUUACGGGGGAGAUUUUUGCGGGGUAACAAACAACUAUUGCAGCAGAGAACGAGGAGAAGUGGAAGUUGGGAGAUUGAUCGUCUGUUUGAGAUGGACGUUUUUUAUGUUUUAUUUUAAACUUUUGGGGGUGAAAUCCUAAGAUAGAGACACAAACACAAAACUGACUGCAACGAACAAAGAGCAAGACGACGACGAAGAAGAAAAUCAAAGACAUUUAGUUUCCUUGAAGAUGUUUACAAGAGAUUGGAAAUGUGUUGCCGGGCUAAUGGUUUGUACGAGGUCAACAAAGCAAAAAACAAA